CCUGGUAAAUCUUUAUACGCUUAUGAUACCACAAGAGUCAUGGGCUAAUCAAGCCAGGGCGUCACACUGUCAAUGUUAGCAAUCCUGCUGGUCCUAUCCUCUUCCCGAAACAUCCCGAGAUUCCCGUCGAGAAUUCCAGGAGCUCCCCUACAGAAGGCGGAAUCAGCCCAGGGGACCGCCGCGAAGCGAUGCUUAGAAAUGCGACUGAGCAAUUCGGGCGACCCGCUCAUGAUGUCCGUCAAGGAGAAACCGCCCAAGAAGACGAGUUUGUUGGCCCUCCGCGCAAGCCGAUGCGGCGGACAGCACACAGGCUCAGAUAUGAUGAUGGCGCAAGAGGGCUUGAGCCCGAAACCGGCCACGAGGCGAAGAGCAACCACCCAGAACCUCAUUCCAUGUUGCAGAAAGAAAUCAGCGUAGCAGAGCUGCGAGAGUUCAGCAAUACUAUGCAAACUGCGGCCGAUGCCUUGAAGUUCCUGGGCCAAGUGGCAGAGAAUAAAAUCAUUAUGGUUGAACAGAAUGACAGAGGCACGUUACAUAGUGCUUUUGGAGAUGCGCAGCCCAAGGUUCGAGGCCCAGAUUUCCAGCAAAACAUGAAGCCAGCUUGGACAGUGCCGCCACAGGCACGGCCUUCUCCUGUCCAGUCUCGCUUUGACAAAGAAAACGUGGAAACGACGGCCGUGACCAUUGAAAUUGCAUCGGCGAACAAGGAAAUGCCAGAAGCUCAGACUCGCGGCCCUCAGCAAGCUUUGACAUCCCCCAACCAGCUCUAACUCCCAGUGAUUAUUAUGGGCAAUUUGCCUCAGCUCGCUCAGGGUACGCUCAAGCUCCAGUGGAAAGCAUCAGUGGGAGCAAGCAGAAGCAGGACUCGGAAGCCCGGGUUAGCGCUGUUCGGGAAAAGGAG